AUGUCUUCUUCGAGCACUACGACUUCCCCACCUUUCCCUGUUCCCGAUGGCUUCAAGUUGCACACGGAGAACAACGCUCACAUUCUUAUGUCUGAAAAUGAGGCCUUCUUGAAUCCAGUUCAGGAAUUCAAUCGAGAUUUGAGUGUCGCGUGUAUAAGGACAUGGAGCGAGGAGUUGAAUAAAGCAAAGGAUGCGAAAAGGGCGCAGGCUCGACAGAAAAGAGCUUCAAGGGCUAAAGAAGAAUUAGCCAAGAAGCGGCAGCGAGGUAUGAUGAACGAAUCAGACGCGAUUGACAUAGAGCCGGAAUCGUUGCAACCAUCGGAAAGCACGUCGGAAAUUCCGCAGGCAGGAUCCAAAGAAGAUGUUCAAGUAGAUUACAAAAUCACUAUCCUAGAAGCACUUUCUGCAACUGGACUUCGUUCAAUCCGUUAUGCAAAAGAGAUACCGCUGGUAAAAUAUGUUUUGGCAAAUGAUCUCUCUUCAACUGCUGUUGCGGCAAUGAAAAGGAACGUUGAGUUAAAUGGCCUUGGUCCGUCAAAAGAGUUAGAGGAGACAGGGUCUGCAAAACAAGCAAACACACAUCUUGGCAAAGUCAGAGUAAACGAAGGAGACGCUUGUGCUCUAAUGUAUAGUCACCGCACUGAUCGAGUGGAUGUCGUUGAUCUCGAUCCGUAUGGCACUGCUGCCCCGUUCAUUGACGCUGCUGUCCAAGCAGUGAAAGACGAAGGCCUUUUGUGUAUAACAUGUACCGACCUAUCUAUCCUUGCCACGAAUAACUAUCCCGAAAAAUGCUUUUCCAAUUACGGAGGUUUACCCUUAAAGGCUGAAUACAGCCACGAAGCUGCGCUCAGACUUGUUCUCCACGCCGCAUCAACGUCUGCGUCAAGAUACGGGCGAUACAUUGAACCUUUGUUGUCACUAUCAAUAGAUUUUUAUGUUCGACUAUUCAUCCGGGUCAAUUCCUCCCCAUACCAAGUCAAAAAAGCCUUGACAAAAACUUCUUCGUACUUCGUGUGCACGUCUUGCCAAAGCUUCUACGAACAACCUUUGGGUAGGGUUGUAGAAAAGCAGGGAUCAAGAGAGAAUGUGAAUACAAUCUAUAAAACACAACCGGGGCCGACUGUCGGAGGAAAAUGUCCUGAAUGUGAAUCGGGCCUUCAUAUCGCCGGACCAAUGUGGUCUGGGCCUAUCCAUGAUACGGACUUCGUGUCCAAAGUCCUCCAGCACACUGAAUCACAUAAAGACCUUUAUGGAACGGCUAGUCGUAUGCAGGGUAUGCUCACUGUAGCAAAAGAGGAGCUCCAUACGAAAUUCUACUUCACUCCCACAAAAAUCGCAGGCUUCUUCCAUUGUCAAACCCCAUCUUUGGAAGAAACAACGUCUGCUCUUCUCCAUGCAGGUCAUCAAGUCUCUCGUUCUCAUGCAUCGCCAGGCUCUUUGAAAACCACGGGGACAUGCGAAGAUGUUCUGGACGUUUUUCGCUCCUGGGUGAAGAAACACCCAAUAAAAAACGUUUCAGAAACGUCACCAUCUCUUCGUCUGUUGGCGAAAGAGCCCAGAAUGGAAGCGAAUUUCUCGAAACACCCAAAAUCAGUCACGUCUUCAUCCAAGGUGAAAAUCGUGAGGUAUCCAGAAACUCCAGCCAACUGGGGGCCUGGCAGUCGACCUGUGACUGGAGGUAAUAAGAGAAAGAGAAAACACGACAAUUAG